GUGUGUGUGUGUGUGUGUGUGUGUGUGUGUGUGUGUGUGUGUGUGUGGCAGGAGUAUAAUUUCAGUCUACUUGCAAAAAGCUUUCAUUUUCAUUGCUUCUGACUUCAUUUGAUGUGUGAACGAGUUAUUCAGUGAACUGUUUGUGCUGUAGUGUGGGUUUCCUUUUGGUGUUUAUUGAACAGUGCUGCUCUGUCGUGGGUCUCAUGUAGCUCACCAGGUUGUAAUCAGCUGCUCACAGAGCAUCAAAUAUGCAUGAGACCUCAUCCAAGGAUCGUAGUGCCGGAGAUACUUUAAACCAGUAACAAGUAAACAGUCCAGUGUACACACACACACACACACACACACACACACACACACACACACACAAUGGUUCACUAUUAGUUUCAUGUGCAAACAAUGAGACAGAUUUAAAAUGCAAACCGAAGGGCUGAAAACUAAAGAAAGAACACUGUUUUCUCUUGUUGCUGCUUUUAGCAUAAAUAACAACUAUAUAGAAAUUGUAAUAUGACUAAAAUAUUUUCAUAUAUUAUCAACCAUAUAGCUAAUUUAAUGCUUAAACCUCUUUUUCAGUAUUUUGGGAAAAAUGUGUUUCCUUUUCGGGGGAAAUUACAAAUAAAUUGUAAUUAAAGGACAGUUGGAACAAAACAAAAAACACCAGCAGACAGCAACUAUAGACUGACUUUGUACAAAUAAUUAAUAGUAAACUUUACAAAUUGUGGGAAAUGUAUUUUUAAACUGAAUUAGUUAUUUUUGUUCAACAUGAAACUAAACUUCUUCUGAAAUGGAGCAAUUCAAACUAAGCUGGUGUGUUGGUCUGCAUGUGCGGACUCAUAAAGAGAAUGAAGAUGACUCAUUUAGGGUUUGUUGCAGGAACAUGCUGAACUUCACUUUUCCUCAACUUGUUAUAGGUUUAUAAUUUCAUAUUUGGACUAAUUGUUUGUUAAAUAUUAAAGAAAUAAAUAUUUGAGAAGUUUCUAUUCAAUCUAUUGAUCAACACGGGCUUAAUGAGGGGUAAAAUAGUAGCAAUAGCUUAUUUAGGAUUGAGAAAAAUACCAAAACCACUUUAUUUCUUUAAACGUUUACAAGCUUUCUCCUCCAUCACCACCUCUCAUUGCCUCGCUGCCUGCCCAGCACCAACUCUAACAAUAUCUUGUAGCUGCAGGGCUGCAGAAUCAGGGUAUCGGGUCAAGAUGCAUGCUGAUCUCACGUGUCACCCAAGGCUGCGUCAAACCAGCUCUGCCAGAAACAAAAACACCCACAAACCACGCAGUGGAGUUAGAGCUCCCUUUGACAAGUCAUGACACACCAAAAUGUUCCCCUGUCAAAGUGUGGGAGUGUUUUCAGUUUCACAAUGUUUGGAAAGAGUCAGCAGUCUGCUGCUUUGCGGAUUGCUUUGGGUUGAGGCUUAAGACAGCUGACCUUAAACACAUUUCUUGAGGUGUUGGAUAUUCUGCAUAAAUCAGACUUCUUGACAGCUUCAGAGCACAUGGAGGACCGUAUCAGCUCCCACAGCGACGUCAGGGGACUCUGCAAGCACACAGCCUGCCAGACGAAGAGGUCAACCCUCCCUGUCACUACCCUGUGGUGUCACUGUUAUCAGCAACUAAUCUACUCUUCUCCUUUCUGCAAACUGAGUGAGUGAAGGAGUGACGCAGAGGUAGAGAAACUAAGCUAAUUUUAAAAUCCUUACUUUUUGCUCUCUAGUUUUUUUUUCCUUUAUCGUUUUGGACAAUUUGCAUCGGUGUGACUCGGGAACUUCUUUGCGGUGCAGUCAUUGUCACAUCUGGGAUUAUUUGGAGAGUUUGUAACCAUGAGCUAAUGAGAGAGGAGAGACAAAUGUGCAAAGUCCUCCAGUGCAGCGGAGUCUUCGCUUAGAGCAGCACCUCCUCUGCCUCUUCCCUCUCUCUUUGCUGCCUUGUCGAGGCUUGCCCGGAACUCCAGUGGAUGAACUCUGCAGCAUUCUUCUGCGGAUUUUCCUGCAUCCCUAAGCCAUGAAGAGUAAUCAGAUCUGUAUUUUGUCUGAUUUUAUCAGUUUUGUUUCCACUUCAAACCUGGAUUCUUCCUUUUGUUUUGGUUCAUCUCAGAGCAGAACCUCAUGGAAUGAAUCCAGAAGAGAGAAAUAGCUGAACAGGUCUGGCGUGCCAUGUGUUUUCUUUACAACUGAGUUACGCUUGAGUCAGGAGCUCAAAAGGAAAAUGAACAAGGACUCACGACUGGCAAAGAAAGGGACCAGUUCUGGAUACAGUCGGAGACACUCGUGCUUGGGUUUUGAUGUGGAGAAUGGCCUGUCAGUGGGUCGCAGUCCACUGGACUCUCAAACUAGCCCAGGCUCGGGUCUGGUUCUGCAGGGGAACUACCCUCACAGUCAGCGCCGCGAGUCUUUCCUCUACCGCUCCGACUCAGACUUCGACCUGUCACCCAAAGCCAUGUCUCGUAACUCGUCCACCGCCAGCGACCUGGAGGAAGGAUUGAAGCAUUGGGAAGUCAGUUGGCUGCCUCGGCAUGGAGAAGACAUGAUAGUGACUCCCUUUGCACAGGUUCUGGCCAGUCUUCGAACUGUGAGAAGUAACGUUGCUGCCUUGACACACCUUCAGGACCGUGUUGGAAACAAACGUCCGACAGGCACCAGUCAGCCUCCUAUGUGCAAACCAUGUCUUUCAGGUACGACGGUGUCCCCAGCUUUUGUCACUCAUGAACAAGAGGAGCCCUAUCAGAAGCUGGCGGUGGAAACACUGGAAGAAUUGGACUGGUGUCUGGACCAGCUGGAGACGCUGCAGACGAGACACUCAGUCAGCGAGAUGGCAUCAAAUAAGUUUAAGAGGAUGCUGAACCGCGAGCUGACACAGCUGUCGGAGACGAGCCGCUCAGGGAAUCAGGUGUCAAAUUAUAUCGCCAACACCUUCCUCGAAAAGCAACAUGACGUGGAGAUCCUGUCUCCGCCUUCAAAGGAGAAAGAGAAGAAGAAGAGGCCGAUGUCACAGAUCAGUGGUGUGAAAAAGGCCACACAGAGUCCAAGCUUAGCGUCUGCCUGCAUCCCUCGCUUUGGAGUUAACACACCUCACGAGAGCCAGCUGGCAAAGGAAAUCGAGGACCUUAGUCGUUGGGGUAUGGAUAUUUUCAAAUUAGCAGAAUAUUCAGGAAAUCGUCCUCUGACGGUGAUCAUGUACUCCAUCUUCCAGGAGCGCGACCUUCUGAAAACCUUUAAGGUGCCUAUCGACACCUUCAUUACGUUCAUGAUGACCUUGGAGGACCACUACCACAUGGACGUAGCGUAUCACAACAACAUCCAUGCAGCUGACGUGGUGCAGUCUACCCACGUCCUCCUGUCCACUCCUGCUUUAGAGGCCGUGUUCACAGACCUGGAGAUCAUGGCCGCUCUGUUCGCCAGCGCCAUCCACGAUGUCGACCAUCCAGGUGUCACCAACCAGUUCCUCAUUAACACCAGUUCUGAGCUAGCUCUCAUGUACAACGAUGCCUCAGUUCUGGAGAACCAUCAUCUCGCUGUGGGCUUCAAACUACUGCAAGAAGAAAACUGUGACAUCUUCCAGAACCUCAGCAAGAAGCAGAAGGACUCCCUCCGAAAGAUGGUGAUCGACAUGGUGCUGGCCACAGAUAUGUCCAAACACAUGAACUUCUUGGCAGACAUGAAGACGAUGGUGGAGACCAAGAAGGUGACGAGCUUGGGAGUCCUGCUACUCGACAAUUACUCUGACCGCAUCCAGGUUCUACAGAACAUGGUCCACUGUGCUGACUUGAGCAACCCAACCAAACCACUGGAGCUUUACCGGAAGUGGACGGACCGCAUCAUGGUGGAGUUCUUCACACAGGGAGACAGAGAGCGGGACAAGGGCAUGGAAAUCAGUCCCAUGUGUGACAAACACAACGCCUCCAUAGAAAAGAGCCAGGUGGGGUUCAUUGACUACAUCGUGCAUCCUCUGUGGGAGACCUGGGCAGACCUGGUGCACCCUGAUGCUCAGGACAUCCUGGACACGCUGGAGGACAACAGGGAGUGGUACCAGAGCAUGAUCCCCCGCAGCCCGUCGCCCACGAGCCCAGAUGAACACCAUGCUGAGGUGGGACCAGCAGACGGAGCUGUGGGAGCUGGAGGAGCUAUCUCCUCAACAGGAGGGGGAGCGGGAGGAGACAAAUUCCAGUUUGAACUCACCCUGGAGGAAGAGGAGGAGGAUGACGAAGAAGGGGAUUCUGACCUUGAAAGCCCCUUAGAUGAGGGGUCGCAGACAGGUGGAGACAGGCACCAGGACUCCUCCCCCUCUCUUUCCCCAGACCCUCGUAUUAACAGCAGCAGAUACCGUCCCCACUCGCCUCACCCGUCUCGGACCCUGAGUUUGGCUUCCAUGUCGGUCAAAAGUCCCCACCCCCACAGGACGCUGGGCUCCCCGGGGCAAGAUGGUGCUGACAGGGACAGAGAGCUGAGCCAGGAAAGCGACGGCGUGGCCUGCCUGCGACUGGGAACGUAGUGACCAAUACGAGCUGCCCCGUCAGAGACAAGAGAGCGCACGGAGGAGCAGGCGUGGCGUGCAUUUCCCAAUAAUGUCUGUAAAAUCACCACAGUCCCUUUACACUGGAGACACCGGCUCUGGAGAACAGAGGAGAACCUCGCCUCUGUCUUUUUCAUUUUUGUCUUUCAGCAACAAGAAUCGUUUUAGCCUCCGUCUGAGUGCCUGAUAGGCCUUUUUGUUUGGUCCUGAUUUGCUGUAGCUUUAAUUUGGAUCAUUCCAAUCAAAUAUUGCUGCAUUUAAACCAGGAAGAAGCGUGGAGUCGAGGCCUGUACUCAACCAGAAGGUAACAAAAGUACAGGAAAUGUCUUCCUCCUAAACAACUGUGACGUCCGAACGUGAGCAGCGAGUGCGCAUCACAGUGGUGUGACAGGGUCUUGAAAAAUAGUUUUGCACCGUAGUUUUCAUUUAGGUUUUAAGAUAUUUGAGUCGGUCGAUGUAAGAGUGGUUUAUUUUCUUUGGGAGUGACGUGUGGAAUGAAUCAUUAACCAAAUACAGGAUGUGGAGGAGCAGUGUGAUAAAUGGAUGGACCUAAACCUCAGGGUAUGAAUAGAAGCAUCAACCUAAUGUAGCACAGUCGUACUGAAAACCCCUGACCCCACCCUUAAACCGUCUUUCCUGUCAGACCACAUUCAAACGUGCGUCUCCAAGUUUAUUUCAACCCUUUAAUAGAGAAGUUGGCAGUUGAAGCAAUCAGAUCCUGAACCAGCUCGUAGCACCACAGGACAGAACCAGAGUCUCACCUGUGAUGAAGACAAGACACUGCCUGUAUAAUGAGUCAGAGCUUUAGUUUAUUUUUACAUCUUAUUUUAAAUGUUUUUAAAUGUUUCUUAUUUAAUUUCCGUGCUGUUCCUUGUGGAAUGUUUGCUAGUCUCAUGUGUGUUUCUGUGCUUUUUAAAAUCAGGGUGCCUCCAGUCCGCAGUAGCACUUUACCGUCUUCACCGUUCAGCUCUUCUCUUCAGUCACACAAAGGGCUUCACCCUCUGUAGGCCUACAGAUCACAAAAUAACUGUACAGAACAUUUGACUGCCGGUACCAGAGGGCAGGGCAGGAGCUCGGGUGGGUGAGAAGAACCAGCAUACGAGAUUCUUCUCAUCACAGAUGAGAUUUUACAGACCCAAGUUCUCUGAGAAACCGUUUUUUACGUGUUAUUUUUAAAAUACGAUCAUUCACUCUGAGUGUAACGUGCAGGCCGAAUGCAACAAUGGUCUUCUACCCCUAUUACCUGCAGUAGCCACCAAUAGAAAGUAGACGGGCAAACACUCAGUCUGACAGAUCUAUGUCCCACUGAAAAUUAGCAGUCAUGGACUCACCUGUCUUGGCUGACAACAAGGAAGGCUGUUGUUGAUUUAGCAUCCAGGAGAUAGCAGAUCAUGUCUCGACUGGUAGAAGUUAACCGUUAGCAUUAGCAACUCCACAACAUGGCAGAACUCCUUCAGGCGUAUGCUAUUUGUGGAGAGAAAACAUCGUAAAGACAAUGGAUUAUAGGGGUGGGAGUUGGUUACCUGCAGUAUUAACAGAAGGAUGUACAAACGUUGCUGCUGCUGCAUUGCUCUAGUCCGGAGCGGGUGGAAAACACAACAUUCACUUUAAAGGUGCAGAAUGUAAGAAAGUAAUGAGAAUUUUACAAUGAGAAAAUCCCAAACAAGUCUAAUGUUCCAGUCAUUUUGGAAGGAAGGUUAAACUGAAACUUGUUUCAUAUCCAGCUGGCUGCGGGGAUUGUCAGUUUUUCUCCUUCCAAAACAAAGGAAGGAGGGGCGUAACUACUGUUUACCAACAGUGUGGGGGGUGCCGCGUCUCCUACAAGCUAGUACUGCAGCGCCGGCAAAAAGCUCCAGAGUUGUUUAAAGUAGUUGCAGUAACCACAUUUUACCACAGUAUGUCAUUUUUACUUCAUUUCUACAUAAUGCACCUUUAAAGUUAUCGCAUAUUUUGUGCAUAAAUGCUUUUGCAUAUUCGUGGUGUUUCCUCCCUCUGAUGAAAUAUCUACUUUGCGAGUAUUGUAAGUUGCCCUGUUGACAUCCUAUUUUGUAAAGUACAACCAAAAUACCGAGCGCUUGUGCCGCUUAGGCGCCAUGUUUCCAUCUGAGUUAAUGCGUAAGCUACACGACUUGCGUGGUGACGUCAUUAACACAGACUGGAAUUGAUAGAAUCGUUUGCAAAAAUGGCAAACGAUUCUUAGGAAAUGAAACAGUGGGAACCAGUUCUCAACAAGAACCAGUUUUUGAUUCCCACCCCUAAUGGAGCCAGUGGUAGAGUCACGCUGCUCUUAGCCAGUCAGAAGCGAGAUGUCAAAAUGUCAGGACUAGACAAAAUUUUACUUCAUGAAACAGGAGUGCCAGAGCCUUAUUCCCCUUUUUUCAACUGACAAGGCAUUGUUUUAUACUAGAGACUACUGUAAAUGUAUUGAAAAAACAAGUGAACUUAGAAAGUUACUCCAGCCUCUCAUCAUUUUAUAAAUUCAAAGAGCCACUUAAACAUUUUCCUUAUCCUCACUAUAGAGCUCCGGACCCCACGUGACUCUCAGUUAGUAGACGCCAUAUUGGCAGGAAAAAAAGGUAAACACGGAUCGUAAACAUGAACAUGGACGGUAUUGGCUUGGAUUUGACUUCGUCUGAAUUUACUUCACACUUUAAAACCGAAGAAAUCAUUUUAUAUAGUCAGAAAUUAAAUAGACUAAACAUCUCCGACCCUUAUCGUGCCCCUGGGAUACUUUUUAAAAACGCCAGAAGCUGUCGGAGCGGACUUCUUACCGGACCUGGCCGGGGAACCCCUUGGGAUUUCCCCGGAGGAGCUGGCCCAAGUGGCUGGGGAGAGGGAAGUCUGGGCCUCUCGAUGCUACUGCCCCCGUAACCCGACUCCGGAUAAGCGGAUGAAAUUGGAUGGAUGGACAAAUAACAGAUUUACACAUAAGUAGUUUAAAUGGAGUGCUGUGCUGUUUGAAUGUAUAAACUGAACGCCAAGAGAAAUCACUAGUUUGAUUGUUUUCCGUGAAUAAAAUAAAUAUGUCAGGCAGGAGCGUCUCAGGAUCUGUCUGAGAUCUGUCUCGGUGAGACCGAUAAUAGCAAUCCAAAGUGCUUUUUAUGUGUGAUCUGACAAUUGAUCAACCAUUGCUUAAAAUGAAAUACAGCUUAGCCGGUUAAUUGCUGUGAUCAUAAAACACGUAAACGGCAGCACACAGAACUCACGAGGCAACGUUUAACGUGACGUUUACUUGUUGCUAUGAGUAAUAAGACAGAAAAAGCCACGCCAAAAUAAGUUUAGGAAGCCCACUAAGAAUUGUAAUAAAAGCAUUUAAAAUAAAUACCAUACACAGUUGAGGAAACAUUGGUUUAAGUACCUGAUAUGAAGUGGUCGCUGCAUAAGCGAAAACCUUUACUCUCGGGAUCCCACAGCUUCAUUUUAGCCCGGUCACUAGCGCAUUUUACUGCAAUGAUCCAACGUUUGCGGCGCUCCGGAUCUUGGGGAAUCCUGUAGAUGGCUCAUUCCUUAUGUCGUCCGCGUCUGUUCUGCAUCCUGGGGCACAUCAGGAAUCUACCAUAUUUCCUGUUUGAGUUUUCUGACAAUAAAUAGUCCAGCUGCGGGCUUCUGCAUGCCAAUAUGGCGCCGUUUCGAUUUGAACUGUUGCAUCCCGGGAGAAGUGACGUCAACUCCCGGAGCUCUAUAGGUAUCCCCUGAGUGACUUUCCGAGAUAAAUAAGAUUAAUUAAAAAAUGUAAAAGUCAUAAAUGUGAGUUGUGCCCUCUUGCCCUGCCAUCAGGUACAUCUGUAGAGCUCAGUUUUGGAAGCUUGUGACAAAAACCAAGCUGCCUGUCAUUCAAACCAGCCGGAGAGCGACCCAUCAGGUUAUGGGUCUUCUUCGGUGGAAGCUGUUAAACCGGGAUGAAAGCGUGCCACAAGUGUUGAUAACACACACACACCUGCCAGCCUACAAAGCUGUACAUUUCUACUCUAGAGAUUUUAAACAUGAUUGUAUCAACGUCAUUAACUUUAUAGUGUUAGUUUUUACAAAUGACACAUUAAUAAUAAUAAUAAUAGUAUUUAAAGCAGCAUUUGAAUAGUUUUUGUGCAGCGUAGGAAGAGUUUGCUGCCCAGACCUGUGAAUGUGUGUAGUUUCAGGCGUUUCAUGACUUUUGUGUGUUAUUUUUUUUCUGUACCAAGUUCACAUGAAGUCUAGAGCAGUGCUCAUCGCUGAGGUCGACGAACCGGGAGGUGAGCCAGCACUACAUUUGCUUCCUGGUUAGGCAGUUGUAGAAAACACUAGUCUAACAGUAUUUUACUGAUGUAGUUAGUAAGCUUUAUUGAUCAGCCUUACUUGUGAUAGGCGAGGCGUACGCCUCGUGUUAAAGGACCAUCGUGCUGCUUUUAGAUGCUGACCCUCAGACUGUUUUGUUUUAAAUGUAUUUUUAUGUUUCUUCAGUUUUGGAAAAAUUCUAAACUAUUGUUUCCUUAAACAGAGCAUUAAACAUCAACAACAUAAAAGUUUUACUUUAGUGUUUCAUUUAGAAGUCCUGGGUUGAUUAAAUCUAUUUUAUUCCUAGUAGAUUAUAAAUGUUAGCAGUCAAGUAGUCAGAAAUCCAGCUUUGAGUUUCAGCUAUUCCUUUUAGAGGCUUUAACAUGAUGAAAAUGUCCAGUUUUUGAUUCUUAUAACAGCACGCACACACACACACACACACAUGGACGUAAUUUUGGGGGGGUCAGGGGGGGCAUGUCCCCCCCACUUUUUCCAAAGUCAAGUUUUGACCCCUGCACUUUUCACCAUCCAAAACCAAUAUUACGCUAUAUUAAAUUGACACUGGUUGAGCUCUAGGGCCAAGCAGAAAACAACCGUUUGUGUUGAAGCCUGUUUGCCAUUAGAACAUACUGUAAAGAUACCCCACCCCCGUGUCCCCCCCACUUCUAAAGUGAAAAUUACGUCCAUGCACACACACACACACCACCUGUUAAGAAUCUGCAUCAUGUGAUUAUACUUUAGAUAAUCUAACAGAGCAGUAACCACUUGCAGAUGAAGGUCACUAAUUUGCAUCAAACCACUAACGGGCUUUAAACAUCUAGAUUAGGAUUAGUACCUUCAUCAGAGACCCGCCAUUUCUGGCCCUACACAUGUCUGCUGCCCCCUGGUGGAGGAUCUACAGGUGGAAAGGGUCAGGUGCAUUUCUUUAUUGUUGUUAUAUUGUUAUAUAAUUAUAAAUCAGUAACAAUAGCAUUAAAUAGUUUGUUUUUAAACUAAACCAGUUAAAUCACUUCAUUUUGAAAGCUUUAAAGGGUUAAAACAGUCUUAAAAUUAAUACUUUCUUUUAAAGACCAGAAAUAACUUGUUUCAAAUGUUUUAAAAACAAUAAAAAGAGCUUUUUCCCCAGAGACAUUUUAAACAGCAACUUGAUAGGGAUUUUAUUUUAUUUGUUUGCAACAUUAAACCACUCCAAAUGCUUUUGGAUUAAAAAUAAGCAAACUGUGGCAUUUUCAUCAUUUAGUCUUUUCAGACUUGAAACUUCGGCCCAGAGCGUUUUCCUGUCUGAAGCAGUUGAAUGGUCUGAGGGUUUAUGGUAAAUUCAGCACUGUGGCUCACCAGCGCCACCCAGUGUUACAUGUGUGGCGAAGCAGGAGCAUGCCUGCUUUGACUCUGUUUAUACUGCCUUCAUUCACACCUCGUCGUCUGACCCCCCCAGCCUCUGUGUCGUGCAAAAUGUCUAAAAUAUUUAUUCUUAAUAUGUGUCGAGACAAAGUACUGUAACAGCAUAACUGAUUCAUGUUCUGGAGCCGAAAAAACAAGUAUACUUUACAACUCUGUAAAUGUCUGCCACUCCAAUGUUUGUCAAAGAAUUUAUUAUUAUUGGUUAUUUUUUUCUUUUUUGCAUUUGAAGCCAAAAGAGUUUCGGGAGUUCAGGGUGUUUCACGUGAAAAAUGCCAAUAAAUUUUAUGGAAAUUUACAA